AUGGCCGACAGUCAGACCACUACUCGCCCCGAGGGCGGCCGCAAGAACAAGACUGCCGAGGAGGACGUGACUGGUGUGGCGGACCAGGCACUCGCCAGCGCGGGUGACAUGAAACUGCCCGGCAUCUCACCCAAGGAGGGCGACGACAGCUCGUUGAAAAUCAAGAUUAGUUUGAACCUCCAUGCCAAGGUUCGCUUGGAUCUGGAUGCUCAGAUCUAUGGUGAUAUUACGAUCGGUCUGCUGUAA